AGCCGCGUGCUGCCUACAGGCGCUCUGGCAUUCGAGGAAUUUCUUCCUACCGGGUUCCCAUUCACCUCACCUGGGUUGAGUGCAGUACAAUGUGGGUAAUUUUCUUGCUGAAGGAAAACACGCCAUUACUGGGAACCCAAGUACUUCAGAUUGGAAGAUGAGAGUCAUAACCGGCCACCAGACCACGACGCACAUGCAGCGUCACCUGUGCCUGGGAGGCAAAAGAGCAAACUGAAUCACUGUGACCCGCAGAUCUCCCCUCCUGAUUGGGAGAUGCAGACUUCUACAACCGCUUCCACAACAACAAAACCUACCACAACAGUUGAUGCGACAACUAAGCCGUCAACAACCACAGUCAAUACAACUCCACCAGCUUUAACUACGGCCGCUACCACAUUAUCCACAACGACAACGGCUGCCGCAACUACGCAGGCAACAACUACAGUCACUACAACACAACCUACAACUACUACAUUACCCACAACGACAACUACUGCCACAACUACACAGGCACCUACUACAGUCACUACAACACAACCUUUAACUACUACAUUACCCACGACGACUGCUGCCACAACUUCACAGGCACCUACUACAGUCACUACAACACAACCUACAACUACUACAUUACCCACAACGACAACUGCUGCCACAACUACACAGGCACCUACUACAGUCACUACAACACAACCUACAACUACUACAUUACCCACAACGACAACUACUGCCACAACUACACAAGCACCUACUACAGUCACUACAACACAACCUACAACUACUACAUUACCCACAACGACAACUACUGCCACAACUACACAGGCACCUACUACAGUCACUACAACACAACCUACAACUACUACAUUACCCACAACGACAACUGCUGCCACAACUACACAGGCACCUACUACAGUCACUACAACCACCCAACCAACGACUACAGCCUCAACAACACAGCCAACAACAACUGCGGUCGAAUAUCCUACUGAUGUGGUAAUGCAAUCUCGUAGUAGCGGGAGUCUAGACUUUUCACGAUCAUGGAAGGAAUAUGUGGCAGGUUUCUCAGAUGAAACAGAAUCGUGGAUUGGACUGGAGUAUGUCCAUCAGAUGACGUCAUCAGUCAAAUGCGGUCUUCUGAUAGAAUUAGUCCAUCCGAGCGGUUCAUAUUAUGCUACAUUCACUACAUUCCAAGUGGGUGGUGAGGAAACCAACUAUCAGAUUGAAAUCGGUGAUUAUGCUGGAACAGCAGGUGAUCCAACUACCACGCUCAAUGGCCUUCCCUUCUCAACUGAAGACAAUGACCUUUCAUCGACUAGUAAUCUAAUGUCAACCAUUAAAGGUGGUUGGUGGGUCAACGAUCAGGGGUACACCAAUCUCAAUGGUGUCUACCAAUCUUCGCUGGAAUCACCUGCUAUAGGACAGGGUAUCUUUUGGAUAUUCAGUCCGUCCGGAACGAAAGUUUCCUAUGAGAAGAGUAAAAUGACCAUCAAGCAACUCAGCUCAUACCCUACCAAUGCCGACCUAGCCCCUGCCAUAGAACCAGCAGGAGAUUCAGAUGCUGUAGCUGUCGAUUCAGAUGCAAGAUUGGUUGGUAGAUAAUCACCUCCCCUUAGUUAAUAUACACGCUGGUUUUAAAACCACCCUGUUUUCCUGGCCACCAAUUGGUCAAAUUUAUACCGUAGGCAUAAUCAGGUAGAUUGUUUUUUCUAACUCUCACCGUCUAAAGAUGAGUUAUCCGUGAAAGGUAUAUACCCAUUUACUACGCAAGCAUGGGCAUAAUUACUUUUUUGGGCCAUACAUAGGCCCUACAAAGUACGAAGGACACCUCUGUUAACUUGAUCUGAAUAAGCACAUACAAUCAAACAAGCCUGGAAUUCAACAAUAUAUCAUGUAAAAUUAUUGAAUAUAACAUUGCUGUCUACAAUGGAAGGUAUGCUAAUGAGCAAGCCGACGAUGCCAAGCACUGUAUUACUGCAUUCUUUGUACUAUAUUCAAUUAUAGUUUUUCACAAAAACAAUAUAGUGCCCUAUGUACUUUUAUUAUUAAAAUAACAUAUUUAGUCACUACUUUCUGGCUUCCACUUGGAAACAAUGCACAGAAUGAAUGAAAAGAGAAUGUAAGUGUAAACCCAAAACAAAUUGCAACAGAAACGAUUUUUUUUUUCAGCAAUGAACUAUUAUUGUAGCCAUAAUAACAUCCAAAAUGUAGGCUAUUAGGUCCAUGGACUGAGAGAGAUCUGUGCUUAGAACCAAAUGUCAUUAUAAUUCUUAAUACUCUUCGAGAGCUCUUAUCUUAAUAUGCCACCAAUCGAACAUACAUUUUUUUAACAUUCUAGUUUCGUCUUCCUUGAGCGAUCGAAUAGAAUUUUUUAAAAAUGCAUGUCAGUGGUCUGCUUUUCCCCCUCCUUUUCCAUUUCGCUUUCUCUCUCUCUCUUUCCAUUUAAACACCCUCCCUCUCUCUUCUUGCUUUGCUCUUUCUCCUUUCUUACUUUUAUCCGGCUUUACUUUCCUCUCUCUCUCUCUUUCUUUCAUUUUUCUUUUUUCUUUUCAUGCCUUCUUUCUUUUGUUUUCUUUCUUUCUUUUGUUUUCUUUCUUUCUUCCUUUCUUUUCUUUCUUUGUUUUUCUUUCUCUUUUUUUCUUUACUUAUUCCCUUCUCUUUCUUUCUUACUUUUUUCUUUCUUUCUGUUUCCUCCUUUUUAUAAACCUGUAAGCCUGAAUUAUUUUUUUAAAUGUCCUUGUUAUUUGUUACUUUUUCAUAAUGUUUGAACUGUAUUUUAAUCUUAAAGGAGAAUGAAACUCUUGGAGCAAGUUAGCUUUUAUGAAAGCAGAAAAAUCAAAGAAUAAGAUCAACAAAAGUUUGAGUAAAAUAGGACUAGCAAUAGAAGAGUUAUGAGCAUUUGAAUGUCGAGAUCACUAAUGCUAUGGAGAUCCUCCCAUUGGCAAUGCGACCAAGAUCUAUGAUGUUACAGAUGAACAACUCUCCCCUUUUGGACACUGAAAAUAUACAUCUCUUUUUGCUCAUUCUAAUCAUAUGACAAACGAUUCAUCAAUUAUAUAAUCUUGUGAAACCUCUGUACUUGUCCUCUCAUAAAGAGAACACCUCACCUUAUGAUAGACUCUAGAAAAGUGAGAAUAUAAGUUGGUUUAUGGUUUAUGAAGAACAAAAUUCAAUCUGUAAAGAAUAAACAAUUGAACCGGAAAUUAGACUAUUUUGUCUAGAUUAAAUCACACUUUGAAUAGUACUUUCUCAAAAUAAAUGAUGAACCUGAAUAAAACAUCAAA